ACCGGAAGUUCGGCACGCACAUCCUCUUCCUUUCUUUCUCCCAGCGGGAGAGGAAACGGAAGUACGCAGGCACGCACGCCCGCACGCCCAGGCUCUCUUGGGCGAGGUCACGCAGGCGUAGGCCGGUGCGCGGUGCGUGCGUCUCCACACGCAUGCGCGGUUGUCGACGGCGACGGCGGCCAUCAUGGCGGUGUGUGGCGCGGCGGCUGCAGCAGGAGGCGGCGGAGGGCGCUGGUAUUUCAGCCGAGAGCAGCUGGCGCGCAGCCCUUCCCGGCGCGCGGGGCUCGACCCGGACAAGGAGCUGUCGUACCGGCAGCAGGCAGCCAACCUGCUUCAGGAUAUGGGCCAGCGCCUGACUGUGUAUCCAUUGGGGGACUAGGCCGCGGCAGCUCGAGCUGGGGCUGGGCUGAGCAGGGUGCGGGAAGCGCGCUUGGGCCGCUGGGCGAACUAGGCCUCGCCGGGGCUGAGGUCUCUGGGGCGAGAGACCAGGCCCGGGGCCUCGCGGUGGUUCGCGGCUGGCUUAGAACGGGGCACGUUAUUAGGCCGCGUCCUACAAAGACCGCGCGUUGGCCCGGGAGCGGGUGGGAGUUCGGACGCGUUUACGGUUGGCCGCGGAGGGUCGACUCCGCGACGCGGAGAAGGCUGGGGUGGAACUAGGUGGGGUCGGGGAGAGGAGACUAGGCCCUGAAGCCUUGAUCGAGCUGCAAGGCCCGAGAGAGGAAGCAGUUAUUGAGCAACAACUUGGAAGGCGCACUCGUUUGUUAGCAGGCCGGCUUGGCUUGGGAUUGCGAAUCUAAGAUUUGAGCUAAAUUUUAAGAGCGAUAUUUGCUGGUGGGAAAAGAGGCCAGUCUUGGUUCCUGUACGGACAUUUCUCUUUUGCGCAGGUUAAUGCUAGUUAUACUUAAUUGGGACAUAUUUUUUCAAAAUGCAGCCAAAGUUCCGUCAGUGUUUCCUGUAUUAGAUUUCUUGAUUAUGAAAGAGUAAAUGUUGGUGAGCCCUUAGCAAUGCUUUGAAGCUUGGUUCUGAUUUCAAAGAUGUGAUUUGGCCUGGAAAAUUUAACGUUUGUGUCUAUUUACUGUCAGUACAAUCCUAGCCAGGUCUACUAGGAAAUAAGUCCUUUUGUGUGUAGUGGGGCUUAUUCCCAGAUAAGUGGUAUUAUGACUGUAGCCUUAGUAUAGUGAGUUUACUUAAAGGUCAUAUGGCACUUAGUGUGAUUCCAUGCAUGUUUAUUUGGAAGUCCCAUUGGUGCUUACUCUAUAGUAAGCACUAAUAUAAUAUUGCAACCCAAUAUUGUUCUAGCAUUUAUUGGUGUUGAACUUCCUGUGUAAGCCUGCAUCUGAAAGAUAGGUGUUCUAAUCAUUUUGUAGACAUCUGGGAUUUGUUAAUGUGUGAUGUACGUUACCUCAAAAACACUGAUUCACAUCAGUGUGUGUUGUGAAGAUUAGAAUACAUGGGGCAGUGCAGUCCCUUAAAACCUACAAUUUGCAGAUAACCCUUUUAAAAUAUGUUUGGAAAGCCUUUGUCUGCUUUUUCCUUAACCACAAGAUACUAGUUCCCAACUGACUAUCAAUACGGCUAUUGUCUACAUGCAUCGGUUCUACAUGGUUCAAUCUUUUACUCAAUUUCAUCGAAAUGUAAGUAUUAUUUAUUUAUUUAUACCCUAUCCAUCUGACAGGGUUUCUCCAUCCACUCUGGGUGCCUUCCAGCAAAGAUUGAAAAUACAUUUGUAUCACUUGUAUUAGUACUUUUUCUUAGUUAGAAUUGUACAUAGCUAUGUUUCAUAUUCUCCCUUAUCCCAAGCAGAUUAAGAGAAAGGGUGUGUGCUGAGUAUUGUGGUGGAAAUCUUUAAGGGUUUGAUUCUAUGUCACAUUUUUCAGAAAUUGAUUCCAAAUAAUUUAUUAUGAAGAGUGUAUAAGAGCGAGGAUAAUCUCUCUAUUAAACAUUUGAUCUCAUUUUUCUGAUCUAAAAAUACAUUUAAGGUCGCUAGCAAUUAUACAUAAAGAAGAACAGAACAUAAACAGAUUCAUUUUGUGUUCACUAGUUCACACUAAUAGUUAAACAAUAAGAUAAUAGAAGAGUGAAAUAUAGUGGCAACAGCAAUAGCAAAUCCAUGAAGAACUUAGAGGCAUCACCUAGGUCAAAUGCUUAUAGGAACAAUACCAUUUUGCUGAUGUCCAUAAAGACAAAGAAGAAGAGAGGAAGGUAAACUUCCUGAGGCAACACAUUUUAAAACUUGGAUGCUGUAACUAACAGGGCACACAUUCCAUAUAAAACUGGAUGGUUUUAAUCUAGGUUUCUGUUUCAAUAGAUCUGUAUCAAGUUUUGGACUCUAUGGUGAUCAAGGUAGCUCCUAAAUUGAUCAUCAACUUAGCAGUGGUCUUCACUUAAGGAUCAGCAGUAGAAUGCCCCAGGAAAACUUGAAAACUUGCACCCACAGUUUCUUGUAGAAGUUGUUCAUUUUUGUAAAUUAGUUUUCCUGUGAUGAUAAGACCUGGAGUCAUAAUGUUUUUAAGGGAAAAAAUAAGCCUAUAAUUCCCAGAAACCAUCCUCUGCAUUAAAUUAUAGCUUCUACUGUGCAUAAUUUGUGCAGUGUGAAAACCCAGGUAGUUAUAUCCCAUAUUAGCACUGGUUGUCUACUGUUGAAUAGCUUUCAUAUUAUAGCAUGGGUUUUAUACAGUCCAGUCUGUUCUGCAGGUUAUGAUGCCUUGCCAAAUGAAUCUUUUAAUGUUUGUGUAUACAAUUCAGCUUAUGGACAUUUAGUCAAAUAGUAGAACUACCAGUUCUAUGUUGUUGUUAAGAUACUUUCUCUGGACUUUUUGAGACCAAGGAGGUUUGCAGCCAUUUGAAAGAUGAUGUUGCAUUUAAAUUUAUUUUCUCUGUAAAGUCUGUAGCACCAGCUGCCCUUUUCCUGGCAGCCAAGGUGGAGGAGCAACCGCGAAAACUGGAGCAUGUCAUCAAGGUCGCUCAUGCCUGUCUGCAUCCUCAAGAGGCGCUUCCAGAUACCAGGAGUGAGGUAAGUAACUGAAUACCUGUGAAACAUAUACAGUGCUCAAUAAGUGAGGGAGGGGAAAGGACGAAUCCUGGCAGUGCAAGUCCCCUGUGCUUCAUUGGAUCUAGAGUGCUACAGCUUUGUUGGAAUAUUAUCUGAACAAUAGUAAUUAGUUCUUGAAUAUUGCUGGUGCAUAGUACAGAAAGCUCUGGGGUUUUGUAAGCCAAAUAGCUUGUCUGUCCUGUGUGUUCCUGCUAGAGUGUUGUGAAUUAAGGCAGAUGUGUAGCACUGUUUGUAUUAAUGGGUGGAUAUUGCCUGCCAGGAUCACCCUCUUAUGGUGACACAGAAAACGUUUGAAAUUCAUUCCUGUCACUGCCAUUCAAACAGGAGGAUUGUUAAGCAUAUUGUUUUACAUCUCACCACAGCCCUUCCUGACAGGACCAGCACAUCUAACCUUGCCAACAAGGGGGAAGCUUUAUUCUGAAGCCAAAUUGAAGGAAAGGGCCAAUUUUUAACACACACUGAUAACUUCAUGGCAGUUGAAGCCAUUAUGGAAUCAAGAGCAGCCUCUUGAGCAAGCAUUGUGUCUAUUGGGCACUUAACAUUUUUUUCCUGGGAAUGGGAUGCUUGUGCCAAUUCUCUCCAGCAUUGACUAUGAUAAAGAUUCCCCCUUGAUAUUUUUUUGCCUCCCCAAGAGAGUGUUAGAAAUAUGCAGGCUUGAUACAGAGUGCCUCAUCACAAGUAACCUGCCUGUCCUCUCAACCCCAGGCUUACCUGCAACAAGCCCAAGACCUGGUCAUUCUAGAGAGCAUAAUACUGCAGACCCUGGGUAAGUUUUUCCAAGCGGACGGGCUGCUUCAUGAAUCUCAGACCCAGGAAAGUUCCGCAGAGUGGAGAGUCUAAUCCCAGUGUUCUUCACAGCUGGAGGGCAGAGGCACAGCUGGCCAGUGUGGGAGAGCAUCAAUCAGUCCAGGCGACAAACCUCACAAUUUAUGACUUGUUUGAUAUGUUUUGUUUAGGGUGAAUUUAUUGACAUUCUUGUAAACCAAUAUGAAUGCAAAAAUUGGUUUGGGUUCUUUUUCAACAGGAUUUAUAUUGUUCAGGUUCCAUGCAGUGUACUCUGGAUUGAAGGCUUAGCAACAUGACAGCCUAUUGUUCCAAUUGUAUGAUUAGCUUGGUCAUGCAGGGUGGGAACUGGAUACCCAGACAAACUGACAUGAAUUGUUGAUGUUGAGCUUUUGCUACUUUGUAACUAAUUCAAACAGGUUUUUUGAUAGCUGAAACAAUAUUAUUUCUAUGCCUUUGGUAACCUCUUGGCUUACAGAUACUAUCUCUCACUGUAAUUAGAUGAAUGAUAUGAUGCCCAAUCUUGCUUGUUAUAUGCAGAUAUUUCAAACACUUUUUUGAUAAUACCUCAGAGAUUUUCUUACAAUCAAGUGGUAUAUAAAUUUUAGUCCCCAAUGUACAAAUAAGUUAUCCCUGGCUGCAAGGGACACAACAAAAUUAUUCCAGUAACACUUUCAUCAAAGAACAUCGCAGAGGAAGAACUUGCUUAACUUAAUUGUUACUGGUAGUAGUUACUGUCUGGCAGAAGGCAAGGCUUCAAAUAUAUAUAUAUAUUUUUGUCUUUCCUGAGCCACUGCCCAUUGGGAUUUCUCAGACCAGUCCAUAGCUGGGCCAAAUAUUUCCCAUUAAAAGAAACCAUUUAAAAACUAGGUUUAUACUCAGUGAGCAUCUGUUGCUUAAGAGGAAAACAUUGCUUGUUGGUGUUUGGAGUGACAAGAAAAGCCCUCUUUCAGUAGAUUGUAGAAUUUUCUUUUCCUGUUGUUUUAAUACAGGUUAGUUUUCUGAUUUAGAAUGUUCAGUUGUAUUUUAGUAUAUUUGCAGCAGAGAAUAUGGUUGCCUUAGAAGCUAGACGUUUCUGUCAUUUUCUUGUGCUGGAUAACAGAUUCAUUUGAACCUAGGAAGAUAUUGUGCUUUCUUGCUUGCUUGCGACUGAACACACAGCAUGAGCUUUAAUGGGGAAGAAUGAGCAAUCUGCUUGCCUCCCAGGAUCCAGAGGCAUUUGUGGUAUGUAGAAGCACAAGUAUGUUAUAUCCAUGACCUAACUGUCACCUGUUUUUCUUCCAGGGUUUGAGAUCACCAUAGAUCAUCCUCACACUCAUGUGGUGAAAUGCACACAGCUAGUGCGAGGUAAGCAGUGAUUCAACACUGCUGUGAUUCUGGCACAGCACUUAUGACACUUAUGACACUUUCACACAGAAGUGGUUGCGUUUCUUAGCCGACAAAUUGUUUCUUAGUCAAAGGAACAAGUAAAAUAAACAGAGAGGGUGUUGCUAUACUAAAUAUUCACCCCUUACCCUGGCUUAAUAUGGUGGUAAUGAGUUGGAUACAAGCUUUCAGAGUAUGGCAGUAUUAAAGUGGGCAUUUACAGCUGAUGAGUAUAUAUAUAAUCAAAGUAAAUUCAAUAUGCUGAGCUAUUUCCCAAUAGAAACAUAUUAUUGUAUAUUAAAGAGGUGCUUUGCAGCACUAACAUGUGGUUUUCCUUUUUUCAUUCAGCCAGCAAGGAUCUGGCACAGACGUCCUACUUCAUGGCUACCAACAGGUACGUGUUGAAGGCUCACUUUUAUUAGCUUUUUAAUUUGGGAAUGUAGUUAUUGACAAUUGCAGAAGAACAUCCUUCUAAACUUAUAGAAGAAAUGCUUUAUUGCGCGUUUGAAUAUCAGGGCAGUACAGAAUAAAUGAAGGUUUUGUUCUGAAGAAAUCUCCUAGAAAAUAAGUUGACAAGGCUACUAGCCCAUGUACUAGCCUAUGUUUGUGGCCUAAACCAAAAAAUAAACAGCUUUUAUUAGGAUUUUCCUGCUUCGUUACCCUGAAACAAUUCUUGCUUGCCAUAGGUGGCUGGCUAUUUAUAAUUCCAGGCUAAAAUUGCUUUGCUACUAAGUGUGGAUCGGACUGGAUCUUUCCAUCUAGAAGUUAGUGAACACUUAGCAGCAUUCAUCUGAGAUGAAAAGAAUUAGAUUUUCUUUUGGAAGAAGCUAAAUUGUUGGCUUGAGAUGGCUUUUUUUCAAUCUAGAAUUCUCCAGAAGAGAAAUGCCUCUUCAGUAUUUGAACCCUGCAACAUGGUUGAAAUAACUUUUUGGAACUAUAUUGUGUGCUAAGGCUGCCGUUCUAUAGAUUUUAUAUUUCAUGUUUAGAUUUUGUUCUGAUAACCAUUGCUCAGUUUAGUGCUCUUCUUGACAGUGUUUCAGACACUCAUACAAACUAGUUUUCUCUGAAUUCAGAUGUGGCCUGGUAUAUGCAGCUGUUUAAAUGUUUCAGCUUUGUACUUCAUGGAGGACUGAAGUAGGGAAUUUUGUGUCUAAAACAGCAGUCAGCAUCCUGAGGAUUUUACUAUUCUUUUUUUAAAGUAGGGCAUAUAGAAACUUGGUGGCAUAUGUUGUGCCUUGUGAAAUUUCAGAAGCCAGAGAGUAGAUACAUAGGCCUUCCUGUGACCAAUUAAUGGGGUUUGAGUUCUCUUUCUAAUUUCUUCUUUCUCAUUGACUUGUAGCAAUUGAAUUUUAAAAAUGCAAAAUAACAUACAUGUAGAUUUGCUUAUUUGGGUUACCUUGUUGCAGAGUAUAUAGUCAGCUGAUGUGUAAUAUGCAAAGAGUACUAAUUCUGCUGGAGAUUAAUUUAUUUAGAAGGAGGGGGAUGGAAUGGGCUUGAGGCCUCAUCCUUCUCAAAACGCUGCUUGCAAGUCCCAUCACCACAGCAGUUGCGUCUUCCUCCGCACCUUUUUUUCAUCCCAGGCAACUGGUGUAGGGGCGGGAAAGAGCAGCUGGCGCAUCUCCCAAGGACCACUUUUGUCCCAGCAGACACCAUUUACAAAUCAAUGCCUUGCCCUGUAGUGUGUCUCCAGAAGUUUGUUGGGAUAGAAAUGUACCAUGAGUAAAGUAGCAUCUUGCCAGCAUCUCUUUGUUAUCAGGCUUUUGGGGCCCAUUCCUAUUAGGUUGUUGUCAUGCAAGAUGGUUUGAUGCUCUGUGGAAUUGGCCAAAGCUUAAAGGGAACUACAGUUUGUCUAAUGCACAACUGCUUGACUGUUGGUUUUUGGAUCUGAUGCAAAAAUCUACUGCCAUCACUGAUCAGAUUGUCGUAUCUGGAGGUUUCUGGCACUUUUUGGCCCGGUAAAUAAAAUUCCUUUGAAAAAGAACCAAGUAGCCCAAAUCUCUUGAGAUUGUUCUCUGGUGCUAUUGGAUAAUCCAGCCCUGUGGAACCCCAAAAUAGUAACUUCAAAUGCAGCAUUUUCCCUUUGCCCGCCCUGUUGGCCGUAUGGGGGUCCUGGAGCUCCAGGCUGACGGGAGCUCCUGGAAAACCUCGUGGAAGAAGGCUGAAACAGUGUUGUUUUAAGCAGGACCUGCUUGACGAUGCAGGAUAAUUAAGGCUUUUAAAGCUGAGGGAUGCUCACUUCUUGCAGUGUCUGUCCAGCGGGCGGUUGUGUGUGCUGCUGCCGUUCAGGCUUGGGAGCUUACAGCUUUCUGUUUCUCUCUCCCUGCUGGUGAUGUCAGCCUUCACCUAACCACCUUCAGCCUGCAGUACACCCCUCCCGUUGUGGCCUGCGUCUGCAUCCACUUGGCCUGUAAGUGGUCCAACUGGGAGAUCCCAGUCUCCAUGGACGGGAAGCACUGGUGGGAGUACGUUGAUGGCACUGUAACUCUGGAACUCUUGGAUGGUAAGUUUGGAGCAAGGUCAAAUACAUUCCCAUGCACAAUGAGGUAUUUUAUUACCUUGAUAUCAUACUUCUAAGGGACAUUCUCACCAAGGUUUCCAGCAUGGCAAUAAAAAAUUAAGUGGGAUUAAUUUGAUAACUUGAGCCAGUAUUAUUAGUCCCAGGACUGCUCCAUCUGUUGCUGGCAAGGGCAGAAGUUAAAGCACCCUUUGGGUUCUGGCUUGUAAAUUCCACGCCUCUAACUACUUGGUGUUCUUGUGUUUAUCUUGCAGAACUUACUCAUGAAUUCCUGCAGAUCCUUGAAAAAACACCUAACCGGCUGAAACGAAUCAGGAAUUGGCGGGUAAGGUCCUCUGCACACUCUGAGCAUGGCUUGGCAAAAUUUGUGUGUGCUCUUCAGUUUGAUAAGUAAUGCAGAAAUAUAUGUAUAAUAAACAUCUUCUAGCUGUGAGGAGAUGAAUAUUCAAGAGGUGUAUGCUUCUCUACAUAAACCCUUCUAUAUUUUUUUGAAUUAUCCAAAGGUUUCAUCAGACAGGAAGCUGGGGUGUAUAGACCCCCUUACUGCAGCCUUCUCCAUUAUAGAAUUUUCUAAAGUGGCAGGAUCAAAUGUUGUAUGCUGUUGAAAUGCGAUGUAUUCUAUUUUCUUGCAAGACAAUUUGUGAAUGAAAAAAAUGUUUAUGGAAAUGGCAUAACAGGACAGCUGCAACAAAACAGGGCAGCUCCUUCCUUCCUUCCUUCCUUCCUUCCUUCCUUCCUUCCUUCCUUCCUUCCUUCCUUCCUUUCUCUGUCCAGGAGAGAGAUCUGGCAUUCUAAAGUUGGUACUGCUUUUGUUUUUUCCCCUAGGCCUGCCAGGCAGCUAGGAAAUCAAAGACUGAUGAUCAAGGUGAUGAUGAUUGCCUCUCAGAACAGACCAUUCUCAGCAUGAUCUCCAGAAGCUCCUCUGACACAACCAUUGCAGGUCUGAUGAGCAUGUCUACUUCCUCGACAGCUGGAGGCCUUGCUUCGCUUUCAGGUGCAGCAGGCGACUCUCCAGGGGACCUUGGCACAGAUGUGAUGUCAGCAGACAGCUGGAUGGCUCAACACCCGUCACAUAAAUUGGAGGUCAGCCACAGGGCCAGUGAAAUGUCUUCCAGCACAGAUCAUCCACAUCUCGAUAACAGUAGUGGCCCCUUCUCUAAGCAGAGCAUUAAAAGUGCACCAUUGGCAAAAGUAUCAUUAAAGGAGUAUCGUGCCAAACAUGCUGAAGAGCUAGCUGCACAGAAACGUGAGCUGGAAAACAUGGAGGCAAAUGUACGUUCUCAAUAUGCCUAUGCUGCUCAGAACCUGCUUGUGCAACAGCAGCGGGAACGGGAUGUGCAGCAGCAAGAGAAUAACCCAUCUCCCAUCAUUCUGAAAAUCCCAUUGGGUGGCAGCUCUGAUGGUUCUGAACGGCUCCCCACUGAAAAGCCUGAUAAGACCUCAUCUGCCCUCAAAGUUCGGCUGACUGCACCAGGGGACAAACCUGCUGUCUCUUCCUCCAAACCGGAGGAAAUAAAAAUGCGCAUCAAGGUGCCGACUCUGUCAGAACGGCCGGGCUCUUCUGAUGAAAGUAGCGGCAAGAGCCGAGGAGAGCACAAGGAAAAACAUAAGGUCCAUUCUUCUAACCACCACCACAACCACCAUUCUCACAAACAUUCACAUGCACAACCUGUUGCCAGCACCAAGCGGCCAGUGGACUCCAAGCAUGGUAACCAAAGUGGCAUUGCAUCCCAUAAAGGCUUUGUCCCAAUUUGUUCCUUCCGCAAGAGACCACUUUCUGAGGAGGCCUCAGCUGCAGCACAUGAACAUCAGCCGAAAAUCAGCAAGAAUUCAAAAGGGCCCCCCAUGCCGUUUCCCUUUCCCCAGCACCCUGCGCACAGCUUGGAUGCAGCUGGUCUCCCUUUUGUCCAGGGCAGCAAAACCAGAGGGGCUCCUGGGAAACUGGACAAGAGCACUGCCGGGGCCAACGGGCAUAACAUGAACCAGGCCAUUGAUUACCAGGAUACAGUGAACAUGCUGCACUCCUUGCUCAGCGCACAGGGCAUGCAACCCACCCAGCCUCCCACCUUUGACUUUGUACAUUCAUAUGGCGAGUACUUGAACCCCAGGGCUGCUGCGAGUGUGGAUAAACCCCGGCCGCCCCCUCUACCUUCAGAACCUCCCCCUCCCCUGCCGCCUCUUCCCAAGUGAUUCCCGUUUUUAACUACUGAGGUUGGGCUGCUGUCUGCUGAGGGCAUGUUGCUCGUAGUGAUCUCCACUGCCUUGUGUGAAUGCCCGAACCCCUUUUUAAAACAUUUUUAUUAUUGGUAUGAGAAUGUGGAGCCCUUGAAGCUGUGAAAAGAUGCACCCAUCUUUCUCCAUGUGCUUCCCCCUCCCCUCCAGUCCUACUGGAAAGAAAUGGGGAUUUGUUUCCUGUCAGACUGAUUUGAAGGUCGUGAACCAACAGGAGAUGGCAUAGGGCUAUUUAAAAUUGUUGCAGUCUUUCUCCUAAAAGACAUUUAAAAUAAUUUAAAAAUAAGUUAUAUAUGUUCUUAGUGUUGAUUUUAUUUUUCUAAGGUGGACAAAGGAAGGGGAUUACAGCAGAAACUGAAAUGAAGGCAGGGCUCAUGGGCUCUGCUCGCUCCUUAAGUGUUACUUGUCCUGGUGGAAGUUGCUUCCCUCUGAAUGGAAGGCAGUGAAGGUUUGAUAGGAUGAAAAGGCAUGAAAACUCUCUGAGGAAGGCAUGAACAUUAACUAGAAGCGUAAUGGUUGGGUAGGGGAUGGAGUUCCCCCACCCCCAAAUUUCUCCCUACUGUGGUUUUUGGUUGCUCACCAGUGAGUGUGGAGACAGAUGGCAGACCCGUAUUUCCAAGAAACUUUGGAAACAGCAAAGUGUGUGUUUUAGUUUCUGGCUUUGUCCAGCCCUUCCUGCUGAGCGGGAAGGAUGUGGGAACGUGUCUUCCUUAACCUUUCACUUCCUGCCUUGACCACAUUUCUUCCAUUUGGGUGCCCUGCUACUGUGUGUCCCACCUAGCAUAAGGCAUUGAAAAUAAUUUUGUUGGGACUGCAUCAUAAAGCUGGUCAGGACUGUGUCUUCCUGCAGGAACUCUGAGGGUGCCUUCAAAAAAGAGGGUCUUUGCAGCAACUUAUCUGGAAGUGGGGGUUAGUUUGGGAAGAGGAGUGGGAAGGGAGGCAGAAAGUCAAUGUGAAUGUUAGAACAGUAAUCGUGAUUCUGGGAUGCUUUAAAUUGUACUUAAACUGCAUUAUGGGAUACGAGAUUUUCAUAUUUGCUAGAAGCAGAAAAGGCUUUUCAAAGUAUUUGUAAAGACAGCAGUGAGUGGAAUCAGGCAUAUUUGGAUUGGAGAACAGAGGAGUGAAAAGAGCUGGUAAAACCUAGAUGAAUAAAUGGGAACUUGCUUGUCUCCUCAUUUAAUGAUGUCUGCCGACAAUAUAAACCUAUGGCCAGGUUUACUGUGUCCUGACGUUGAGAUCUACGGGAAAAUGUGGGAAUUGACCCUGUGUAAGUUGAUUCAGAGACAUAUUCCAGCCUAAGGUUGUAUCGCAAAAGGCAUAACAUUCUGACCUGAUUCUCCAGUACUGUGUUAAAGUUAAAUGGGGUUAUUCUUUUUAAAAGUGGCCAUAUAUUUAGUGUUUCUGUAGAUGACAUCUGAGUGCUUGUUCAUUUGACAGGAUUCAGCCUUGGUUUGUCGCAUCAUAACAAUUGGACUGAACACUUGGUUGGUACUCAUAAAUCCCAGCUUUGCUGUCCUUUGAGUAUACAUUUCCUAGUUCAGCAAAGUAUUUCAGGGCAUUCCCACUGCUCUGAAGAAACUUCCAAAUUAAAAUCUGGAGGAUUGUGUGGUGUAAAGCAUUGUGGUUUUCUUAGCUGGAAUGGAAUGCUUUGACUAAUACAUAUCAAUAGGAAUCUAUUCCAGUGUGUUAAUAGCAACUAAAAGUUGUGAACAAACAAGGCUAGCAAUGGCCUAGGUCUGCAGUCUCAUGUGAGAAAAGUUUAAUUGCUGCUGGUUAGAUAGAGUGUAUCAUGUUUAAAACAACAAAAGACACUCAUCUGUGGGUAUCUGUUUGGUUUUUAUUGAAGUGUUUUCUCUUAAUUUGGAACAAUAACUAUUUUCCCACCACCUCUUAAUUUUUAAAGCAAUGGUGUCUCAGCUGUUGAUGGUCACAAACUUUGGCUCUGGUUUCACAUAAUCUUUCAGAAACUUUCUAAUUCCCAGCUCAUAUUAUUACUAUUCUAAGUUUCAAUAAAUGUACUGUCUCCACAA